AUGGCGUCGACAAUCUCGAGCAGCAUGGAGAAGCGGUCUGGAGAACAAAAUGAUACGACUACCUUGGCUCCCGCAGACCAAAUCCCAACUGUAGGGAAGGCUGACAAGGCUGCCGACGAACACCAUAUCCCGCAUAAUAACUUGUUUCUGGUCUUCUGUGCAUUGACUCUCACUGUAUUUUUGGCUGCAUUAGACUCGACUAUCGUCGCCACCGCGCUCCCAACAAUCGUCGCCCAAUUAGGUGGCGGAAAACAGUACUCUUGGGUCGGCAGCUCAUAUCUGCUUGCGGCUGCAACCCUAGGGUCAAUCAACGGCAAGCUCGCCGACGUCUUCGGUCGCAAGGCAUUGCUGUACCCGGCAAUUGUCAUUUUCUUGAUCGGUUCUGCACUAUGUGGUGCAGCAAAAACCAUGGUAUGGCUGAUUGUCGCUCGCGCAGUGCAGGGCAUUGGCGGUGGCGCCAUCAUACAGAUGUGCAACAUCAUUGUUGCCGAUAUUACACCUCUGGAUCAGCGGGGCAAAUAUCUAGGAUAUCUUGGUGCUACGUGGGGUAUCGCUUCGAUCAUCGGCCCUCUAAUUGGCGGUGUAUUGACAGACCACGCCUCAUGGCGUUGGUGCUUCUGGAUCAAUCUGCCUACGGGCGGGAUCGCGUUCGGCCUGCUAUUCUUCUUCUUACAUCUCAAUCCUCGCCAAGGGAAAGCACUACGGGAGCACAUAGCCGAGUUCGACUUCUUCGGGCUCUUCCUCAUUAUCGCUGGCAUAAUCACCAUCCUCUUAGGGUUCUUAGAGAGUGAAUCCUCAUGGAGUUCUCCUGCUACAAUUGCUCUACUCGCUGUUGGUGGCGCCACUCUUAUCACCUUUGUCUGGUGGGAGACAUACACCAAACGAGCACCAAUCGUACCACCCCGUCUCUUCAGGACACGCACGACCGCACUUCUGCUCACCGGCGCCUUCUUCCACUCGUUCUGCUACUACACCGCGGCAUUCUACCUUCCCCUGUACUUCCAGGUCUUGGGGGCAUCCGCGACACGAGCUGGCGAGCUCGUCCUGCCGUAUGCCUUGACGCUGUCGGCUCUUUCCGCUGGGAUUGGCUAUGUUCUUGCAAUCCUGGGCGACUAUCGCCCUAUCAUAUGGGUAUCCUGGGCUCUGUGCGCCCUGGGAUACGGACUCAUGAUUAUGCUUGACAAUACGACUUCACUAGCGCAACAAGAAGUCUAUACGCUCAUCGCGGGACUUGGAAUGGGCUCGCUCUACCCGGUCCCACUUAUCGCCCUUCAAGCGGCGAUGUCGACGAAAGAUAUGGCAACGAGCACAGGCACCUUCGGCAUGAUGCGCAUGCUGGGCUCAACCGUCGGCGUAUCCAUCGGACAAGCCAUCUGGACAUCCGAAGCCCGAACGCGCACAGCCGCCAUCGCGAACUUCCCCGCAAGCCUCAGCAGCGCAUCUCUUGCAGAGAGCGUCACGACACUGCACACCAUCACGCCGCCCGAGCUGAAAGCACAGAUCCUCCACGCGUACUCGAAGUCGAUCAGCACGCUCUGGAUCUUGAACACGCCCAUCUGUUGUCUGUUCUUCAUCCUCAUGCUGUCGCUGAAGAAGUACACUCUGCACCGAGCCGUGGUACGGACGCCGCCGAAGGAGAAGGACGUGGAGAAGCAGGCGGUUGAGGAGGAUGAGAGGGACUCGGAUAGGAAGGAGGAGACGACGGUGUUGGAAGUGCAGCAGUCCGAACGAUAG